GUCAGGGUGUUUUGGAGUUGAAAGGUGUCGGUGUGUUGUGGUACUAAACCUCUUAUUGAGACAGCCCGCUAGACGUUAUGCUAUGUUAGCUAAGCUAACGCAGAUUGAUUACAAGCCUGCUAACGUUAGCGAACUACACUAGUUAGUGUUGGCUAACUUGCAUGUUAGCAUCGCUGCUGUUCAUUUUCUCAACAGUGUCAAAUUAGGUGACAAAAGGCAUGUUUGGUGCUAGAAAGAAAUUUGUAGAGUUCGAGGUAGUCGAUAAUGACUUCACCGAUGAAGGCAUGUACUACGGCCAGCCGUCGAUGUUCCCACAUCGGUCGGAGAAAGAUUCCUCAAAUGUUUUCCUUCAGAUGCUGUCAUCUCCCUCGCCGUCGUCGUCGGGUCAGCUAUCGCAGCUUGGUGCAAGUUUGUACGGUCCACAAAGUGCACUCGGCUUCUCGGUAAGGGGGAUGGGGAACAGUACGCCUCAGUUAAAUCGAAAUCUAACACAAGGCACACAGCUACCAAGUCAUAUCCCCCCCACAACGGGGGUUCCCACCAUGUCCCUCCAUACUCCUCCAUCACCAAGCAGGGGGACAUUGCCGAUGAACACAAGGAACAUGCUGAACCACUCUCAGGUCGGUCAAGGCAUUGGGAUGAGCGGCAGGACCAAUAGUAUGGGCAGUUCGGGGCUGGGCAGUCCCAACCGCAGCUCGCCAAGUAUCAUCUGUAUGCCCAAACAGCAGCCAGCACGCCAGCCAUUCACUAUAAACAGCAUGUCAGGGUUUGGAAUGAACCGCAAUCAGGCUUUUGGGAUGAACAACUCAUUAUCAAGCAACAUCUUCAAUGGCACAGAUGGGAGUGAAAAUGUAACAGGACUGGAUCUGUCAGACUUCCCUGCGUUAGCAGACAGGAGUCGGAGAGAAGGGACUGGAAACCCAACACCGGUGCUCAACCCACUGGCUGGACGGGCUCCUUAUGUUGGCAUGGUGACGAAGCCAUCAACUGAGCAGACACAGGAUUUCUCCAUCCAUAACGAGGACUUCCCUGCACUGCCUGGCCCAAACUACAAGGACCCCACGUUGAACAACGAUGACAGCAAAACUAACUUGAACUCCACAAGCAAGAGCACAUCCAAUGCAGAUGGGCCGAAGUUCCCCGGAGACAAGACGGCCUCAGCACAGAACAACAACCAGAAGAAAGGGAUCCAGGUGUUGCCCGAUGGUCGGGUGACGAACAUUCCCUCAGGAAUGGUGACAGACCAAUUUGGCAUGAUUGGCCUGCUGACAUUUAUCCGGGCAGCAGAGACUGAUCCGGGGAUGGUCCAUCUGGCGCUAGGAAGUGACCUCACAACACUGGGACUCAACUUAAACUCACCAGAAAACUUGUACCCCAAGUUCGCCUCUCCUUGGGCCUCAUCACCAUGUCGACCUCAAGACAUUGACUUCCACGUUCCGUCUGAAUACUUAACCAAUAUCCACAUAAGGGACAAGUUGGCUGCAAUUAAACUGGCACGAUACGGUGAAGACCUGUUGUUCUACCUGUACUACAUGAAUGGUGGAGACCUGCUACAGCUUUUGGCAGCAGUAGAGCUCUUCAACCGGGACUGGAGGUACCACAAAGAGGAGCGGGUAUGGAUAACGAGGGCGCCUGGUAUGGAACCGACACUGAAGACCAACACCUACGAGAGGGGAACCUACUACUUUUUUGAUUGUCUUAACUGGAGGAAAGUAGCCAAGGAAUUUCAUCUGGAGUAUGACAAGCUGGAAGAGAGGCCUCACGUGCCAACAACAUUCAAUUACAACCCAGCCCAGCAGGCCUUCUAAGGCCCGACCAGUCCAAAGGGCCGCAGCGGUUCCUGCACACAACACUGUUGUCCAGGAGGGGCGCUGUGGUUCACACAGCUUGGUUUUUAUUCCUCGAGGAUUUAACUGCGGGGGUCGUCGCCACCAUCAAAACUGCCCUGCCUUUCCAAAAUUACAUGCUGCCCAAAACCAACACUUGUUCUGUUUUUAUUCUUUAUGUUCCUCCUGUUUUUUUGUCUUGUUUUGAGCAGGGUUUGUGUUAUGUUUACGUCUCUGAAUCUGAAGCCUGUUUUCUUUUAGAAAGGAGGACUGACCUUGUGGCACAGGACGGUGAUAGAACAUGUCUACGCCUGGCCAAGUGUUAAGAUUAGAAAAAAAAGGAGAGGAAAGUUAACAUCCUCAGACGCAAGUGAAAGGGUGAAAGAAAUGCAAUGUUUAUUGUUGCACUAUAUUUAGUAAUAAAAGAACACAAAAUUUG